GGAGGCAAGGAGAGCUGGAUUGCUGGUGGCUCACUCCCACACCUCAUCUUCACUUUGCUGGGACAGACACAGAAUUGAUGUCCAAGGAGGCAGAGUUGGAUGUGAGAGGCAGUGAGUGUGACACGGUCCCACCAGAGCCCAGCAGAGACCCAGAGUCGCCCAGGCCACCUCCAGCUAAGGCUAACGGACCCACGGACACAGCUGGCAUUUGCACGAGCAUCAUCUCAAGUAGCCACAGUAGUAGUAGCAGCAGCACCAGCAGCAGAAGUGGUCUGGGUGGCGUAAGCAUCGUUAGCAGCAGCGCUGAGGGAGCAGGCGCGAGCUCCAUGCAGUUCAGCACCAGACCGCCUAGUGCUGAGCAGCCGGGCUUCAUGGGGACAUGGCAGCAGCAGAGCACUGACAGCAACCUCCUCUACAGAAUGUCCCAGCAGGGUGCUGUAACGCGGCUUCCUUUGAAGUGCGACAGGUCGACUAUGGGCCGAGAUCUGGAAGAGGCCAUUCGCUGCACACUGGUGAACUGCACGUGUGAGUGUUUCCAGCCAGGGAAGAUUCACCUACGAACAUGUGACCAGUGCAAACAUGGCUGGGGAGCUCAUGCUCUGGACAAGCUCAGCACCCAGCAUCUCUACCACCCGACCCAGGUGGAGAUCGUUCAGUCCAAUGUAGUGUUUGACAUCAGUAGCCUGAUGCUGUACGGCACCCAGGCGGUACCUGUCAGGCUCAAGAUCCUUCUCGACCGCCUUUUCUCCGUGCUCAAGCAGGAGGAGGUGCUGCACAUCCUGCAUGGCUUGGGCUGGACCCUCCGAGACUACGUCAGGGGCUACAUACUGCAGGAUGCUGCAGGCAAGGUGCUGGACCGCUGGACCAUCAUGUCCAGAGAAGAAGAGAUCAUCACCCUCCAGCAGUUCCUGCGCUUUGGUGAGACCAAGUCCAUUGUGGAGCUGAUGGCCAUUCAGGAGAAGGAAGGUCAGGCAGUUACAGUUCCUUCUUCCAAGACAGACUCCGGGAUAAGGACAUUCAUUGAAAGUAACAACAGGACCCGUAGCCCGGGGCUCCUUACACAUCUGGAAAAUAGUAGCCCAUCCAGCAUCCACCAUUUUGAAAAUAUCCCCAACAGCUUAGCCUUCCUGUUGCCCUUCCAGUACAUCAACCCAGUCUCUGCCCCCAUGCUUGGCUUGCCCCCCAAUGGCCUCCCAAUGGAGCAAUCUGGUCUGCGGCUCCGGGAGCCCAGCCUGCCAAACCAAGGAGAACAAGUGGAAACCAGCGAGUCAGAAGUGUCCCUAUCACCAUUCCGCACAGGUCCAAGUCCUAGUCGUGGAGCGCUGGGAGCCAUUAACAACAAUGCCGAACCCAAGACAGAGCCCAACAACCGGGCAUCUCCCAUCUCACCAACCCCUUCCACCCAGCAGGCUCAACAGCAGCAACAGCAGACACAGCUUCAGCAGCAACAGCCACAGGGCCAACAGCAGUCCCAAAAUCAACCUCAGCAAACUAACAGCUUGAGUGACCACCCGGUCCACCACCAUUUCAUAAAGGACGAGCAGUCAAAAACAAUCACCCAUCCUUCCUUUUCCUCCAAGAUGCAUCGCAUGCGCCGCAUGGGAGCCACCUCACGCAAGGGUCGCGUUGUCUGCAACUCUUGUGGAAAAACCUUUUAUGAUAAAGGCACACUUAAGAUACAUUAUAAUGCUGUACACUUGAAGAUUAAACACCGUUGCACCAUCGAGGGCUGCAAUAUGGUGUUCAGCUCACUACGCAGCCGCAAUCGUCACAGUGCAAAUCCCAAUCCGCGGUUGCACAUGCCCAUGCUGCGCAAUAACCGUGACAAGGACCUCAUCCGUGCCAAUUCUACCACUGGCACACCUGUCAUCUCGAGCACCAAGAAUGGUGGUUUCACACUCACUAGCCCUGGAAGGCCACCACUGGGCUUCACCACUCCACCUGUAGACCCUAUGCUUCAUUCGCCUCUGCAAAGUCCACUGGUGUUCCCCUCCUUGAAAUCAGUGCAGCCAGUUCAACCAGUGCCCCCAUUCUACCGAACGCUACUGUCCCCUGCAGACCUUGUUAGUCCUCCAGUGUCACUGCCCACCAGCCCCAUCAUGCCCACCACUACCAACAGCACUACUCUGAUGGACCAGCAACAGCAGAUCCUGGCUGCUGCAGCUGUGGCCUCUCAUAAUAAUGUUCAUGUGUCAGAUGCAGGACCCAUGUCCCACCGUUUACCAACACCUAGUGCCAAUCACGACCUCACCAAUGGCAGCAGUGACCCCACGCCCAAAAAGAAACCUCGUAAAUCAAGCAUGCCAGUAAAGAUUGAGAAAGAAGUCAUUGAUGUGGCUGAUGAAUAUGACGACAAAGACGAUGAUGACGACGAUAACAUGCACCAUAAUCACCACCAUCACCAGUCAUCUCUUCUUCACAACAAUGUCAAAAUUAACGGAAAUUGUAAUAGCAACAACAACAGCGCUAGUGGAAAUGGGAACCACAGUGGUGGAAGCGGGCAGCAAUCCCCUUCCCAGGAUGAGAUGAGCCCUGGUUUAGCUCUGAGAGGAAUGAUGAGACAAAGCGAAGAUGAAUGCCACGAAGGAAAUGGUAGUGACAGCAGAGGUGGAGCUGCUGAUCUACGCUGCAUGGACAGCUUUACCUCUGAGGAUCAGGACCACGAGAGAGACUUUGAGAAUGAGUCUGAAAACUCGGAUUCAAAGAUGUUUUACCGUGAUGAGCUGAUGGAUGUGGAGGAUCAGCAAAAGCACAGCAGGGGUGGAAGGAGACUGGAAAAGGAACAAGAUGAUGAGGGUAGCGAGGAAGCUCAUUUGAGAAAGGAAAUGGAAGGAAAAGGCAACUCCUCACCUUCCCCUCAUCACCCUCCCAUCAAGAUCAAAGAAGAACUCAACGAUCCAACUUAUGACAUGUUCUGCAUGGGCCAGUAUGGCUUCUAUAAUGGGGGCAUGGCAGCGGCUGCUGCCACUGCUGCAAGCAUGGCUGCGCUUCACGAGAGCUUCAUCACUUCGAUGGGCUAUGGUUCCAGCCCACCCAAAUUCCUUUCUUCUCGAUCACCAGAGGGAGAUCCAUGUUCAAGUCCUGACCCCAAGAUUUGCUAUGUCUGUAAGAAGAGCUUCAAGAGCUCCUAUAGCAUGAAACUGCACUACAAGAACGUGCACCUCAAAGAGAUGCAUGUGUGCACUGUGGCUGGCUGCAAUGCUGCUUUCCCUUCCCGGCGGAGCAGAGACAGGCACAGCUCCAACAUCAACCUGCACCGCAAACUGCUGACCAAAGAGCUGGACGACAUUGUCCUGGACCCCCAACUCACGCCACUGCCCAAGGACCUGCGAGCUGAGUUACUGGCCAAGAUCUACGCUGGACACUACAUGGGCUUGGACCCCAUGGCCGGCAUGGGCCUCGGAGGUGCCAGUCUCGGGCCUGCCGGGCUGAACCACAUUCCCCAUUCCCCCAUGAGCAAUGAUCAUCUUCACCAUCCUCUCAACCAAGACUUUCGAAACCACCACACCAACGGCUUCUCUCGGAGCCAACCAGACGACUACAUGGUUUUGGACCUGAGUACCACAUCCAGCGUUCAAUCGAGCAGCAGCAUCCACUCCUCACACGAGUCAGAUGAGGGCAGCGAUGAAGGCAUCCUAUUGGAUGACCUGGAGGAAGAGGGAGAAGAGGAUGAGGGCAACAGCGAGGGAGAGGACUUCUCCCAGCGUGCCAUUGGGCGGGCUGAUGGGGCAUAUCGGGAUGAGAGGAGAGAACUAAAAGAUGGACAAAGUGAGGGGUUGGACCCUUCCUCCUCACCAUUCCUCCUUUCGUCCUCUGGAGGCAGUAAUGGCAGCAGCAGUGGGAUCCUCUGUAACAUCUGCCACAAAAUGUACAGCAACAAAGGGACCCUGCGUGUGCACUACAAGACUGUGCACCUACGCGAAAUGCACAAGUGCAAAAUCCCCGGUUGCAACAUGGUGUUCAGCUCUGUACGCAGCCGCAACCGACACUCUCAGAACCCGAACCUCCAUAAAAACAUGCCCUUCUCUACAAUAAUAGACUAAAGAAAUGACUUGUUACUCUGCCCUCCUGUCAGAAUGCCCGCUACUCCCUUCAUUCCUCAUCCUUAUUCCUCCUCAAAUUAGCUUUUAACCCCAGCCCAAGACCAUCAAAUACAAGCUAAAUGCCUGUAUGACCGUCCUUUGAACAUCAUUGCGAGACAUUUCUAUCUCCAUGUAUAAAAUUAAUUGACUCUAAAUACAGUUUAUUAUUGUGUCCUUUGACUUUUCCUUCUUUGGAAGAACAGGAUAACACUCUAGAGCAUGGAGAGUUGUGUUUUCAUAAGCCCCCUCCAUCCUUUCCUUUCUAACUUCUCCCACUUUGUGUUUAUUUCCAUCUCCAAAGGAUCCAUUCAAACUCUUAUUUGUGACUUUGCCUUCAGAUAUGAUAGUAUUGAAAAAAAACUUAAAAUGUUCUCGUUGUAUUUGUGUAAUGAUAGCUUUUAAAUGAACCCCUUACAAAAGCAUGAUAGCUUCAUUUGUAAAUAAUGUCCCAAAAGGCUUUUGGUGUAAAAGAGUUGUGUUGAUGGUUGUUUGCUUCUUUUUUUUUCUCCCUUUUUGGGAUUUUAUGUUACAGUCCAGUAAAAUACUUCCAGCUAUAGGCAAGAAAGCGGUAGCAUCUUACUAGCUUGACUCAUUUAUGUUAGCUUCAAAGACACAUUUUAAACUGAGUCCUAAGGAAAAAAAAGAAUAUCACGUGACUUGUUUUAUCUACUUGUUAGAUAUUCAGAGGUUGCCGGCAUGCUUUUUUAGGCUCCUACACUGAUAUCAUUCUCUGUAUUUCUAUUGAUUUUUUUUUUGUCUGUUAUGUUUAUGAGCUUUAGUAUACCAAUUCAGUUUUUGCACUUUGCAUCUAUACAAGGGGAUGUGUAAUAUUAAUAUAAUGAGGAUUUUUUGCAAUGCUGAGUUUUAGGUGUUGUUUGGGGUCAUCGAUGGCUGCGGUGCCAAUGGAAGUGACAGUACCUUCAACAUUCAACUUGUGCCAGUUUCUUUUUGCACGCGUUUCAAUGUCAAACCCAGUUUGAUGACAGAAAACAUCUCGCCUCCCUGAACAAAACCUGAGAUCUGCCCUCAUUGCUGAACCAUUUAUUCAGAAGGUGACAAAAGUGACUUCAAAACAAAACCAGGUUUGAUCAUUAUGAACUGCUGUUUCAUAAACACAAGGGAGUAAAUAUUGAUAAAGUCCCUCUUUCCUUAAAAGAAGCAAUGUGGGGUUUAACGCUUGCUUUCUGUAGAAGAAAGCAUGUUAGUCAGUGCAAGAGCUGGUGUUUGUUCUUACAAAAAGCAUCCUAAUGGAACAUACAGUCCCACAGAUUUAAAAAAAAAAAAAAAAAAAGGAGAGGAAAAAUGAAAAUAGUCCUUCAACUGUGACCAAAAGAUAAGUGUUUGCUAAAAAAGAAAAAGAAAAAAGAAGCUCUUUCAGUGUGACAUUGUACUUAAAUCAUGCCCUGUUUGAUUAAUAUGAUGCACUUGAGUCUUAAAACAUUUUGCUGUGAUAUUGCGCCAUUGGUUUCCAUUGCUGAGCAUAAAAAUGUUGCCAUGUUUUGUUUUGUUUUUUUUGGCUGUUAGUUGCACCAAUUUGUAACAUGUCCAUGAGUGUCUUACGGUACAACUAUUUCCAGUAAUUGGGCAAAGUAGCCAAGGGAAGGGGUAUUUAUUAGAGGGUGAUGUAUCUCCAUAGAAAUGUUUUUUGUCCGCUAUAUUUUUCUUUGUAAAAAGACAAAAAAGUAGAGAUCGUUCCUCAGUUUGACUUAUUUCUCAAUGUAUUAGCAAUGCCAUGUGUUACUGUACAAGGAGAUCUACUCUUACUUGACUGGUGCUACACACAGUGGGAAAAUAUGCAGUGUUAUGCGGUGUGCUGUACAGUAUUCACAACACCUUACAUCCAUAACAGUGCUCAGUUCCACUUAUUUCAUACUUAGGCCAUUUUGCAAUACAGACAUGUCCUAUUCUAUUGAAAUAUUUCAUGUCUCUUUUAAGACUCCACCCAUAUGACACAUGCAGUUUUUAGUUCUCUCUUCUCAGAGAUAAAAAACACGAGACAGAGAGAGCUGAGUCUGAUGGAAAGGUUGCGGAGGUGGAAGGCUGACUAGGGAGGAAAGGAUGACAGAAACGAUCAUUAAAAAUGUGCUGUUUCUCUGUUACCUGGAGGCGUCCCGCCAUUCCUGCUUCUUCUGUCUAAUAACUCACUUGUCACUACGUUACACUGCCAGACGCCAAGGUUGCUGACAAGACUGUGACACUGACGGGAGAAAAAGAAGAAAGAGCGUGCUUUGAACAAUUUAAUUUGACUCAUUCGCUUAAGUGUAAUUCAAUUCAUCUGAUCAUUUUCUUUGCACGCUUAUUCUUAGUCAAGGUCGCCGGUAAUUCAAUUCCUUUCUCUCACUCUGUUUUUCUCUUUGUCUGUCAGAGCGCAGGCAUUUAACAACCGCCUUACCCAUUUCUUCAAUCCGCCACUCACUUACCACCUCUACACGCCACAGCGCAGAUCCUACAGGGACACACGCUAAUAGUGUAUGCUUAAGUUCACUGGACGGCCAUGGCAUAGGAAAAAGGGAUGGGUAAUUGCCUGUUUAUCCCAAGUGAAGGGAAAAUUGAGUACAGGAACCCCUGCCUUCUCCCAGGAGUGGGUUUCACUGAGGCACUUGCUGCCUCAUUCACUCAUUCAAUCCCCGCGGCCCUCACUCUGCCAGAAAUAAAAAAGUGCUACUCCAGGAACCCUGCUGACAGCUGUCUCUCUAACACACAACCACACACUCACACACACACGCAGAUGAAAGUGGCACACACGCAGAAACACAACAAGACCUAGGUGACUUGUUAACCUCUAGUGAAAGACAAAAAAGGGGCAUAGAAACAUAUUCUCACAGCAGAAAUGACACACUAUUGAUGCAAGUUGGAAUAAAGUCUAACACAGACAAUAUGAAUCUCCUAAAAACAUUAUUUUUUUAAGUCUAUUUAAGAGGUCAGCAAGCUGACAGAUUGAUUUGAAUUCAGUAGAAUCAUCAAACAUCACAAUGUGCUCUUGUCACCAACCUCAGCUUCAGACUAACAUGUUCCUUAGGUUCUGCUCUAUAUUGUCCAUUUCUUAAUCAUCAACUGCAGAGCUGUCUCACAUACAAAAAACCCUGAACAUCAGAGGAAGAAGUUCCCCUACUACACCGUCCACUAACUACUUCAGGCUCUGUCAGAGUCUUGGAUGGUUGCAGCUAUGUCAGCAGAGGAUCAAGGGUCAUGAAACAGGGCUGAAAUAAAAAAAAAUGCAAAUGUCUGUGCUGUCCCCAGCUGAACAGAUAAGGGCGGGAUGCUGGAGAGGGAAUUGGGUUUAAAAAGUGGUGAGGCUGGACCUUGCAGCAGUCACUUAACAAAGCAGGGUAAAAAGUUGAAGACAAAAGAAAAAAGCUCCCCAGGACAAGUCGCUAGGUUCUUCUUCAUUGCCUGUUGGAGAGCAGUCGAUCCACCCCUCUCCUGUACACUCUGCUCUCCUCUCCUUUCUGUCUUCAGAGAAAUCCAGUCUUUGAAUUUCUUAAUUCUUUAACCACAUGGGUCUGGGUGCACUGUGCUACCUAGUGGCCAUGCUUUGGGACAGCAGGAACACAUCACUUAGAUUGCUCAUCGGCCCAGACCGCUGGAGCGAAUCUUAAAUAUUUGAUAAGAGCAGCAUCAGUCAUCAAUUAUUCUGCAAUUCUACCGAGCACACUGAGGGGGAAAAGGAUGGCAAAGGGCGGAAAUGCCUGACCCGUUAAUCGCUGUCCAUUGUGUUCACGUCACAGAGUGAUAGAGUAGAAGGUGCGAGCUGAGAGAACGAGCGGUGACAAUGCGUGCAACCUGUUCAGUUAAUGUAGCUUAUGGAACAAAGUGAGGUUAAAAUAUUUAACAGGAUGUCAUUAGAAAUAUGCAGUUAGAUGAAAAUUACACACACGUGGGUUUGUAUAGAUGCUUCAGUCUCAUGUCUUAUGUUCUAAAAAGGAUGCCCUCGUUAAUUUGAACUGGAACCUGUGAAAUGUCAGUUAUCCUGAACAAAAAAAAAUGCUGUAAAUCCAUUAAAUUUUGUCCAUUGUAUUUUCAAAUAUAUUUUACAGUCUUAAAGUAUAAAUAGCUUGAGGAGCUAGUGAACUUAGAUUUUAACUUUCACUUGUUUUGUUUUUUUUGUGUGUGUGUGUAUCUGAUGCAUUUGUGUCUGUGUCUUAAGAAGCCCGUGUUGCAGCACUGGCACUCAACAGCAUUGCAUGGCUACAUGGUCGCACUGCAAAGAACAAACAGAGCAAAGGAGCUUGUGUCACUUUGGUGUUAAAGUGGUGAUUUGGAAGCCUCAUGAAUACUGUAUGUUACCUAAAGAGGUGUUCCCCAUUAGCAGACAGACAGAAGGAAAAAAAAAAAGAUCCUUUUUAAGAGACUUCUUUUUCUUUCUUUUAAGCCUUUCUUGUAUUUGUUUCUGUAUCAUAACUGUCUAUGGUUUUUGCAUAAAAUGCAUAAGGGUUUUGGGAUGUAAAUGGAAUUUUAUUCAUAUUUUGUCCAAAUACCUCUUGUAAUUUGUAUCAGAAUUCUUGUACAAUUUUUAUAUUAAAGAUUUAUCAUUCACUG